AUGCAGAUUGAUUGGUUUGAUAAUCUUAUCACAUCUUAUCACAAUAGUGAAAGUUUGCUUUUUUAUAUAAUCGCUUUCAGACAAGUGGUGGAGAAAUUGAGACUGGGGGAACAGAUUGUUCCAGAAUCAUUUGAUAGCGUCUCCAUUUUCUUCUCAGAUAUUGUGUCCUUCACGGAAUUCUCAUCGAAAUGCACUCCUAUGCAGGUCGUCAAUUUUCUCAACGACAUUUACACCAUCUUUGAUAGCACAAUCGACGAGAGAGAUGUUUACAAGGUUGAGACAGUUGGCGAUGCAUAUCUUUGCGUCUCUGGUUUGCCUCGUCGGAAUGGUUCAGAACAUAUUAAAGAGAUAUGUUUGAUGUCACUUAGUCUGCUGAAAGAUUUGAGAGACUUCCGCGUUUCACACAUGCCAUCGUAUAGGGUCAUGAUCCGCAUUGGUGUUCACACAGGUAAUGCAUACGAACCCAUUUUAUUCAGAGCUUAACC